AUGACAAUUCAGAGCGAAGUGCAAUCGGGUCUCCCGGAAGGGACGAGAGCUGUGGUGAACGUCUCGGGACAGAAUGUGUUGGAUUACAAACGCAAGUGGACGGAAGGAUUCAAACAAAAUGUCUUCAAUAGUCGCAUUGAAACGACCAAAUUGUUGGCAAAGUCUAUCAAACGUAUGGCCAAAAAGCCGGACGUAUUCGUCACCAUCUCUGGUGUGGGCGCUUACGAGCCGAGUCUCACCAAAGAGUAUACCGAAGAGAGUGAAUGCGGUCACGACUUUAUGGCUCAGUUGUGUCGCGAGUGGGAAAACGCAGCGAUUCUUCCGCCAGAAUUAGGCGUUAGAAAUGUUAUCAUUAGAUCGGGAGUUGUUUUAGGAAAAGACGGAGGUAUUGUAAAUGAGAUAUUCUACCCCUUCUACAUGGGUUUGGGCGGACCCAUAGCCUCUGGCAAACAAUACUUCCCAUGGAUUCAUAUCGACGAUUUGGUUAACCUCUUCCUCUUUGCCAUCGAAGAGAAACACGUGAAUGGAGUCCUUAACGGCGUUUCGCCGCAACCGAUCACUAACUACGAGUUCACCAAAGCUGUGGGCCGAGCGAUGUGGAGACCGACUCUCAUACCACUGCCCGAGUUUGUGGUGAAACUACUGUUUGGUAGCGAACGGGCGGUAAUGAUGACCGCCGGACAGAAAGUGAUUCCUAAACGAACGCUGCAAUUAGGCUUUCAAUAUAUGUUUCCUCAUAUAGACAGCGCCUGUAAGUCUAUAUUCUAGUCAUCGAUCAAUCAUUUUAAACAAUAAAUUUUCAAAUAUAAAUGCAAUUUAAAUCUAUUUAUUUUAAUACUUUAAAUAUUAAUCCCAUUUCCAGAUUAAUAGUUAACCCCAAUUCUUAUAAACAAAACAAUAGUUCAGUGUUUAUAUACAUAAAUAUAUUUACGGCUCAAUUAGAAAAACGACAUUUCGUUUUAAUUUUUUAUACAUAAAACUUCUGCAU